ACUACACCUUGUUUACAUACUACUAAUUCGAUCAGAAUUACCUGUUACUCAUUCCAGACAUUGCUCUGCCAGUUCUCCGUUUACGGACACAAGACUACGUGAGGCAAUAUAGAUUGAAAAAUGAAACUUGACAUUCCUCACGUUAUGCGGUGGUUCUUCCUGUAUUUUACUACCUUUGCAUCACUUUUACCCAGUCAUGUAUCCACCAAAAGUCUACCCCUCUAUUCUUAUGAUAAUUCUAUGCUUGUUCUCCUUCAUCCAUUUGAUCCGAAACUCCUAAAACCAUUUAAUGCUCUAGCGGAAUAUGCUCGAGUUUCAGUGUACGAGAUGCUUAGGAACUUAGAUCAGAAGAGGUUAAAUGGUAAUCCAUUGUAUAACAACUCUGCAUGCGUCGUCGAUAUGACCUCGAUUGUUUAUGGAAUCAUUCGAUCAGACAAGGAGGCAGUGAAAUGGUUGGAUGCUGCAGGCAAGAUUGUCCAUGGUGUCUCUGGUGGUGGUAUCAACUGGGUGGGAAGCAUGGAAUUGUGUCGAAAUAUUACAGAUUUUAGCUACGGUUUGUCCCAGCAUGUUCAAGGAAAGUAUUGUUCUGCAUAUGUGAAACUUCCUUCAGCCGAAGAUCUUCCUGAAAAAGUGGUAUGUUUUUUCUCGUUAUAUUUUCUUAUAUCAGUCAUUCGAACUGAAUUAUGGAGUGUGCAUUCCUCAUUCUUGUACGAAGGAUGAUUUGAUUUGGCUACUAGACAUGGUGCUUUCCAAGGUAAAUUUAUCCAUAGAUAACUCCACAAGCUUCUGUCAUGCAGAUUUUGGAGAACUACCUAAAGACGGUUGGUUUUGGGUAGCAAUGUCUUUGCUAGUUGUUAUGAUCUCUCUUCUGAUAAGUGGAACAGUUGUGGAUUUAGUCCUGUGGUGUAGAUUAAAUUAUCGUAUUUGUGAAUUUUCGUACGACAGACUGAUAAAUGUCAGUAUGCCAACAGAAGCAUCUACUACCAGUGGACCUAUUAAUAAUUGUGAAGGGACCACUGGGGAGGAAAAUAUACUUGAACAGACUACAUCUGGCCAUCUUAGCACACAUAAGCUAUCAUAUUUUGAACAUCGAGCAAAUAUUUUGUCAAAUAUAAAUCCGUGUAUUAAAUACAUUGCGACUUAUUCUGUUCCUUAUAACACGUGGCAUCUUUGGAACUCCAAACCAAAUCAAGUUCCAAAUAAGUCAGGUCAGCACUGCAGUCAUCCGUUAUUGUGCUUGGAUGGGAUUCGGUUUUUAACCAUGAAUUGGAUAAUUUAUGGACAUUGUAUAGCAUUCAGCAUGUUUGUUGCAAAUAACCUGCUACUUUUCUCACAAAUUCAUCAGCCAAAGUGGACCUAUCAAGUAAUAAUUAGUGCAACUCUAGCUGUGGAUACAUUCUUCUUCAUGUCAGGUUUAUUAUCUACGUAUCUCACCAUUCCAAAACUUCGACGAAUUCCCAGUUGGAAACAUUGGAUAAAAUUUUGGUGGAGCUUCGUAUUUCAUCGUAUUUUACGUUUAACUCCAGCUUAUAUUUUAGUCUUGAUACUGUAUAUUGGAUUAUUCAAUCAUGCUUAUGUCGGUCCAAUGUAUCCUCAAACUCCCGAUUUGAUGGAUAUAAAAUUUUGUCGUGAUCAUUGGUGGAUAACAUAUUUAAAUAAUUUUUUCUAUGCGGAUGAAAUAUGCAUGGGAUGGUCAUGGUAUUUGUCAAAUGAAAUUCAAUUUUCAAUUGUGUUAUCUCCAAUCUUCUUAUGUUUAGUAGCAUGGAAUGAAACUAUCGGUGUACUGUUUGGUUUUGGACUUGUAAUUUCCAGUAUCGCGUCCACAUUUGGCAUAUCUUAUUCGAAUGAUUAUUUACCUGGUGCGCUAUCACUCUCAUCAUUCACAACUAUUUACAUAAAACCGUAUACACGUUGGAGUACAUAUGCUAUUGGCCUUUUAUGCGGCUGGUUCCUAGAAAAACACAUCAAUAUUUUGAAUAAUGUGAAUACAAAAACGAAGGUUUUGAUUGGUGUGAUUGGUGUAUGCCUGUCAUCAAUAUUCUGUGUAUCUACUGUCUACGGAUUGUAUGGACUACUAAGUGGAAAGGUCGAACCAUUCACAACGUUUGGAGCUGCAACUUAUACAGCAUUCCAUCGACCUAUUUUUAUUCUCGGUAUUGCAAUCGUUGUAUCGAUGUGUGCUCUUGGUUGUGGUGGUCCAAUUCGCUGGAUUCUCACAUUGUCUGUAUUCCGUGUUCCUUCACGGUUGACAUAUACAGCUUAUCUUGUACAUCCGAUAGUGGUUCUAUUCAUCGCUUUAGGAAGUCAGAACCCAAUACUGCUGGAUGACCUGCAUUUGAUAGUUAUGUUCUUUGCCGUUCUACCAAUUACUUAUUGCUUGGCAUACUUGGUCACACUGGCAACUGAGUCACCAGUAAUAGCUAUGACACAUAGUUCUGGAGGGAAAAAGCCUUUGUCAUCAGAAAGUUCCAUGUAAACGAAAACAAUUGAUCAUGAGUAAAAUCUAGUCAAAUCAAGUUUCACUACUUGUCUUUCUUGAAGUUAUCAAUGUGUUGUAUACUAUUAUAAAGCUAUGGAGUUUUACAUAGUAUUUUUUGCUAUUUUCCAUUUUUAUAGUCGAAAUAGUACCAUAUUAGUGAAUAAUUUCGAAUCUGAUAAUAAGACGUUCUGUGAUAUUAUGUAGUAAUUUUUAAGUUACCCUUGUAAUUUAACAACCUGAAAUUUCAUUCAAUCCCUAUUGUUUUUUAUUUCAUUUCUUCUUCAAUUCAAUAUUUAAAUCCUUGCGAUUUAGUUCGAAUAAAU